AUGUUAGUACAGUACAAGCGCACACACAGGAAUACCUACGCAAAAGCAAAGCAAAGGGCUAAAACCUUAAGAAAACCCCAAGAACCAUAUUUGCCAAAUCCUUGAACCAUGUCCUCCGCCGCUGCCAUGGCUGCUAGGUCAGCCUUCAGAUCAACCUUAGCCCGAGCCCCUAUCUCCGCCAGACUUACCAACGGUGCCAAAAUGAAAUCAGCCCCAUCUCCGUUCAGCAUCCCCAAGCAGAACCCACUCUCCCAAUCCCAUCGCAUUUUGAGGUCUCCUGUUGAGUUGAGUUGCUGUGUGGAAUCGUUGCUUCCUUACCACUCUGCUACUGCCUCUGCAUUGCUUACUUCUAUGCUUUCCGUCUCUCGUCGAAGCUACGGUUGGACUCCUGAAGGGCAAGACGAUACUAUUUGAGGUCUAAGCAUCAACGAUGGUAUGACUGGAUUUAUUUUUGUCAUCGACGUUUUGGAAAUUGUGGUAAAAUAUUACUUGAGUAGAUUACGUUAAGAAACCAUUCUUUUUGUGAUGAAUUUGAGCUGAGAGAUUCAAACCUUUUGUUCCUAUGACUUUAUGGAGUUAAUGAUCGGUCGUGGCUGAUGAAAUUCCCAACAAUUUAUUCAGUUCAGAUCUCGUUAUUUCGCAUCUUCGUGUGGAAAAUGUUUAUUUAUGUUCUAUUUAUCCAUUGGAUCCUUAAGGGCUUAGACCAAUAUGAAAUUCUGGUUCCAUGUUUUGUUGUCAAAGAAUUGGAAUUCACUGGUGAUGAUUUAAGUCUUUCUUCUCUUAAUGCUCUAUGGUAUUACCAUCUAGCCAUUGUCUGAAUUUUCAAUAAUUAGACUCUUAAGAGCUCAAUCUUGAUAAUUUUAUUGGGGAUGUUGAAUUAAUAAUAGACCAUAAUAAUGAGUCAGUGUGUGAAAAAGGUCAGUUUACUUAUGGAUUUUCUUUUUCUUUUUGUUCAUCGAUGGCAUUAAUUUUAGUAAUAUGACAAGUAUGAUAUUGAUUUCUU